AUGGAUAUCGAGGAGAGGCUCAAAGCUCUGCGCAACAAGGCACCCUCGCUCCACUUCUACUCGCACCUCGCCAAGGGCCUCGCGACGACGGCACUCACGCACUCGAGCUUGAGCGCGACCCACAACAACACCGAGCUGGCGCGGCUUGGAGAAGCGGUCUCUCGCGCCGUCGCCACCAAGGCGCUGUACCUCGCUCCCGGCCCGCACACGGGCAGCGAGUACAACUCGCUCGCGCUCGCCUUCUCGACCAAGGCCCUGUCGCCCAUCGCGCGCGACAUCGAGCUCGACAAGGUCCUGCGGGUCGGGCGAGGCACGUCCCACGUGUCGGACGAGAUGGUGUCGAGGGCCCUCGUCGCACUCCUCGGCGCACUCGAACUCGCGAGCGGACCCGACGCGCUCCUCACGGCGCUCAAGGAGCUCGGCAUCCUCAAGCUGCCCGAGGCGAGGGACGACCUGAGCGACGGCGUGCACCGCUUCUCGGUCGACGGAGGCGAGGUCAGGGUCGAGCCGCUCUGA